GGAAGAGGAUGGUCGACGACGACGGCGGCGUCUCGCGGCGGGCCACCUUCGGCGAGCUGCUGACGGAGGCGCAGGAGCUCGACGCGCUCUGCGAGGCGGACGUCGGCGUCCUCGUCUUCGACAGCGCCGGCAGGCAGAUCGACUACUGCAGCCCCCGCACCAGUUGGAGCGAGCUAACGCAGCGCUACAAGAGCAUUAGCAACAACAAGUUCCAGGGGAUAAAUCGUGAUGAUGACCAUCAGGUUAAUGAACAAACAGUCACACGUAGUCCCGUACUAGCUACAGAAUACAAAUACAUCUUUUCUCUGUUCUUUGUUACUUAAGCAUGAAGCCAAACUUAAAACAUCACAAUAAUUGAUAACACUUGAGGGACAAGUUUAUGUUUUCUAUAAGGCACAAUGUACACCCAUUGUUUAUACUUUAGUCCAGUGCCCUGAUUAGUUUCGUAUGUGUGGGAUGACCAUUUUACCAAAAGAGAGAAGCAUUUGUACUAGGUUACAAACUACAAUUUACUUUAGGAUAUUCCCUACUUUCCUUUUUAAAAAGGUUAGUACAAUACAAACCAGCUGAAGAAUCAGCUAGCCUGUAAGUAGCUAGGGCAACUGAAUACAAAUCAUCAAAAUAGUAAAUCUCGCUACAACAACAGAGGAUUACAGUUGUGAUAGCCCCAAAGAGAUUUGUGUCCUCUGUCUUCCACUGUCUGCAGUAAAUUUUAGAACCCACAAAUUUUAUUUGUGCUCUAGGACUCGUUACUUGUGCUUGUGCAGGAUUGGGUACAACAUGAUCACUGACGCAGAGGAGAAGGGGUUCAUCGUUCCACGCAAGGUCGGUAAAAUCGACCCCUGCCCCACUUUUGGUGCUUCCCCUGUUUUGUGCUCAUGCAAUUUGGGAAUGGUUUGGUGUCAGGAACGAUGAUUUGCGCCUCCUGAAUGUAAAUUGUUCCCUGUGAUUUUGCUAUGUACCGGCUUCAGUUAGUUCAGUAGAGGACACAGGUCAAGGGAAUUCAGCAUCUCCUCUACUAGUCUCUUCUAAUUGGGUUAAGUAAUCAAAACGUAUACAAAAGAAAUGAAGGAAUUGCCUCGUUCGGCGCUAGGAAUUUUUCGCACUUCUUUUCAGAGUUGCCAUACCAUACAAUCUCUAUUAGAAAUAAGAAUUAUACAGUGCAUAAGGCAUUGAUUUUGCAGUACUAUUUGUUCUCUCCUGCACUAGCACCUAGUUGCUUGACUUGCACAGCUGCUUUGCGAUGGCAUUUACGUGAACCCUUCAUCAACAUAUUGGUUCAGCUUUCACCUGAACCAAGUAGUAGUAAUUUGGAGCCUCUUUGUUUAACACUGUACUUCAUGAUCCCUUUCAUGCAUGGUGAUAUGAUUUGCUGCCCUCUAUUUGGCGCUAGGAAUUUUUCGUGUUUCGUUUCAGGGUUGCCAGUUGACCAGUUCUACUAGAGUUAUAUAUAUUCCACGGUGGUUGUAACCUAUGGCUCAUUUAUUUGCUCAUUAUUUGUAGUAUAAUUCAUUUUCUCCUGCACCUAGUUGUUUGACUUGUCCAGCUGCUCUGCGUAAGCAUUUACGUCAACCCCUUUACCAACAUGUUGGUUCAGCUUUCAACUUACACCUGAACCAAGUAUAUUAAUCUAGAGCCUCUCUAUUUAAUACUUCACCACGCCUUCCAUGAAUCAUGAUGUGCUGCCCCUUAUUUGCAAUCUUAAAAAAUAAUUGUGCACCUAGCCAUUAGCAGGCACUUCCUGCAAACUUUCAGUAAAGCUAUGUUUACUAAAAAAAUCAGAUAGCUGCUAUCUGAUUUUGCUGAUGUUUUCUUCUACAUGUGAAUG